AUGAAGCCUGUGGCUUCUUUGCGGAAUAAUCCUGCCUCUACCUCUGUGGUAAUCCCAGAAUAUUCAUCCUCUUCAUCAUUGAUGGGAGAUGCUGAAAAUGUCGAAUUGCCACAGAGCGACUAUGGCCGCGGCUAUUCUGCCGAUGUUGAAACUAUUAGAGAACAGGAAUAUCCUUUGCUCAAUGAAACAACUUAUCUUGAUCAUGCAGGCACUACUCCAUAUGCUAAGUCCAUGAUUGAGAAUUUCUCGCGUGACAUGACAUCGAAUCUUUUCGGAAAUCCCCAUUCUAUGUCAUUGUCAUCGCAACUAUCCACACAGAGGACUGAUGAUGUUCGGCUUCGGGUUCUACGGUUCUUUAAUGCUGACCCAGAAGAGUUUGACCUUGUAUUCGUGGCGAAUGCUACUGCAGCCAUCAAGCUCGUAGCUGACUCGAUUCGGGACUCUGACCAUCGUGGCUUUUGGUAUAGCUAUCAUAUAGAUUCUCAUACCAGCCUUGUCGGGGUACGUGAAGUGGCCGACAUGGGCCAUCAAUGCUUCCAGAGCGAUGCGGAUGUGGACUCCUGGAUCUCGGAGCUGGCUACAACACAGUCUAAAGCGCCACGGCUAUUUGCCUUCCCGGGACAGUCUAAUAUGAAUGGGCGCCGCCUUCCCCUUCGCUGGUGUAAACAGAUCCGCGCUGUUGCAAAUGAAACUGGCGGGAGCGUAUAUACAUUACUCGAUGCUGCUUCUCUUGUGGCAACAUCUCCCCUUGAUCUUACUUCAGCCGCGCCGGAUUUUACAGCGCUGAGUUUCUAUAAGAUUUUUGGAUUUCCUGACCUAGGUGGUUUGAUCAUUCGCAAAAGUGCUGCCCGGGUCUUCGAAAGGAGGAAGUAUUUUGGUGGAGGUACUGUUGACAUGGUCUUGGCUGACGGUGCCCAAUGGCAUGCUAAGAAGGAGACUUCAAUCCACGAGCGCCUUGAAGAUGGUACACUACCCUUCCAUAAUAUAAUCGCCCUUGAUUCGGCCCUUGAUAUCCAUAAACGUCUCUAUGGCUCUAUGGAAAAUAUCUCUGCACACACAGCAUUCUUAGCCAAAGGGCUCUAUGACCGACUAUCUGUCUUAACCCAUUGGAACGAGACGCGGGUCUGCGAAAUCUAUUCAUCCAGUAUAGGCUAUGGUUCCUCCAAAUUUCAGGGUCCGAUAUUAGCUUUUAAUAUCAGAAACAGCCGGGGGGAAUUCGUCCCUAAAACUGAAGUGGAAAAGUUGGCAACUGUUCAGAAUCUCCAAAUACGAACAGGCUCAGUUUGUAACCCGGGUGGGACUGCAUCUUCACUCGGGUGGGCGGGCGAAGAACUUCGUCGACAUUACACCACAGGCCUGCGCUGUGGUGACGAUCAUGACAUCCUUGGUGGACGACCAACGGGUAUUCUGCGUGUAAGUCUCGGUGCAAUGACCAACAUAAAGGACAUUGAAUCUAUAGUAGACUUCCUUGCCGAGUUUUAUGUGGAGACGAUCCCUCCUGUGGUCGCCGUUAAUCCGCCAGUUACAGAAAAUGAUUCUGUGGGUCGCCAUUUCUACAUCGAAAGUCUUUCUGUCUUCCCGAUCAAGAGCUGUGGAGCUUUUAAGAUUCCGGAGGGUAAACGCUGGGAGGUGAAAAGAGAAGGUUUAGCUUGGGAUCGAGAAUGGUGUUUGAUACAUCAAGGAACUGGUGUGGCACUAAGCCAGAAAAGAUAUCCUCGAAUGGCUCUUAUUCGCCCCUCUAUUGACCUCGAUCGUGGAGUUCUCCGGAUCACCUGUGGUAUUCUCACAGACUCCGUGAGCCUUGAAAUAUCUUUAAGCUGGAACGAAACCAGUCUCAUAUCAACCUCUUUACGCCCCACCUCAAACAAGAAAACCACCGUCUGUGGAGAUCAAGUGCCCCUACACGCCUAUACAUCACCAGUAGUGUCUGCAUUCUUUUCCGACUUCCUUGGAGUGCCGUGCACUCUUGCUCGAUUCUCUUUACAGAGUACCACUCGGUUUUCGCGGCCACGCCGAACAUCGAGGGUCUGGAGAAACAAAUUUCGCAAGUUUAUCAUGCCAGGCUCAUACCCACCAGAUCUACCCCCAGCUCUUCGUGAUACCUGCCAGAAACCUCUUACACUAUCCAACGAAAUGCCCAUACUAGUUGUCUCCCGCUCAUCUGUCAAUCGCCUCAAUGAAACCAUCAAAGGGGGCAAGAAUGGCACAGGUGCCAGUCAAGCUGUGGCGGCUGAUGUUUUUCGUGGAAACAUUGUUGUCGCCGAGCGGCUGGUUAAAAUUGGGGAUGUAGAGGAACCAUACGCCGAGGACCACUGGUCCUCCUUGCGAUUAGGAACUGAGCAGCUUCGUAUUGAUAUGACGGAUGCAUGUCAGCGCUGCCAGAUGGUCUGCAUCGACCAAUUCACAGGCCAGCGACGUGAGGAACCCUUUUCAACACUGGCGAAGACGAGGAGCGUCGAUGGUAAGAUCAACUUUGGCAGAUAUGCUGCACUUUCCCGGGAGGAGAUUGAGGGCUUGGUGUCGGAUCCAGCUCAUCGGACAAUCAUGGUGGGAGAUGUGGUUGUGCCGACAUAUCAAGAUGACUGA